AUGGAACAGCUAUUAACUGCGUUAACUCAAAGUCAACAGCAGCUUGCUCAGAGCCAGCAGAUUCUCAUGCAACAGUUAGCUGAUUCGCAGAAACACAUGGUAACGCUUUUGCAGCAAACGCAAGGUAACCUCACUUCUACUUCUUCGCAAUCAACGGUUUUGGACAGCGUUGUUUCCGCCCCUCUGGCUAAAUCUUCUCAAUUCUCAAACCUUGCUGAGCGUUUGGGCAAAUUUAUUCACGAGCCGGAUAAGGGAAAAACCUUUACGUUGUGGUACGAACGCCACGAGGGCACCUUUACGGAUGGUGCAAAAGGUUUAAUCGAAGAGGAACGUAAGCAGUUACUUCUUAACGCCUUGGGCGAUGAUGAAUACCAACGUUUAUUAAGCCGUUUGUCGCCUGUAAAGCCAUACGAUUUGAAUUUCUCUGACCUUGUGAAGCAGCUGAAAAAGCAAUUUCAUGACAACAAGUCGCUUUUUCAACGCCGUUUCGAAGCGCUUAAUUUUCGGGCAACGCCGCCUAUGGCGGUAAUCGAUAUUCUUGAUCGAAUAAGCAUUCUGGGAGAUGCUUUCGAAAUUAAUAAUUUCAAUAUAGACCAGCUCAAAAUUUUGCUUACUGCAAUUGCACUUAGCGAUCAUGCUUAUCACACUGAACGUGCCCUCUUGUUUAAAAUUACAGCGGAAAAAGAAAAUUGCACUUAUAGUGAUAUUAGAGAAAUCUGUUACGCCCAUGUAGAAGCCAAGCGUCGCACCAAGCAGCCUUUGAAGAAAGUAACAUCUUCGCAAUGUCACGGCUGUGGCCUUACGACACAUCCAAGAGAAGACUGUCCGUUUAAGAAAGCGGACUGUAGAAUUUGCAAAAAGACUGGCCAUAUUGCAAAAGUCUGUCGCUCUAAAGGAGCUUCUCUCAAGCAUCGUAAAUACGUCGAAAUUUUGCUAAACGGUAAAAAGAUAAAAAUGCAACUGGAUACUGGCGCGGACAUAACAACAAUCGGAACAAAGGCUUCUGUCAUUGUUUUAAGUCGUCCUAAUACAGCACUCAUUAGUGCACAAGUUAUUGAUGAACUCAAAUUAGUAAAAUACGACGAGGGAGUCACGGGUGCUGACUGCAUGAUAAAUGAGAUAAAGAAUACAUCGUUGCUUAAUAAAUAUCCAAGUCUCUUCAGUGAUAAAUUAGGAGAAUGCACUAAGUCAAGCGUUAAGCUACGCUUUAAGCCGGAUGCUCAUCCUACUCACGCGCCACGACGUCCAGUGCCGCUAGCGCUAGAGGAACAGCUCAGUGUCGAACUUGAUCGACUAGUGGAAAACGCGAUCUUGACACCCGUGGAUACAUCAGAAUGGGCAGCCCCCAUUGUCGUUGCAAGGAAACCUAACGGAAAAAUUCGUAUUUGCGCUGAUUAUUCCACGGGAUUGAACAAUGCUUUAGAUGCAGAUGACUACCCUAUUCCAAAUAUAGAGGAUAUUUUGGCAAAGCUUCAGGGAAAUACCAUUUUCACACAACUGGAUCUGUCGGAUGCAUACUUUCAAUUAAAAUUGGACGAAGAAAGUAAACCCUUGACUACUAUCAAUACACAUCGAGGAUUGUUCAUGUUUAAUAGGCUGGUUUUUGGUCUGAAGCCAGCCCCAGCAAUUUUUCAACGCACCUUAGAGCAAGCUCUUGCUGGUAUCCCAGGCGUUGUGGUUUACCUCGAUGAUAUCCUCAUUUGUGGUCGAAAUCGGGAAGAACAUGACAUGCGUCUUAACGAGAUUUUGAAUCGUCUCCAAGAGUGGGGAUUCAGACUAGGCAUUGGAAAAUGCAAGUUUCAUAUAUCCUCAGUAAAGUAUUUAGGCUUUGUAAUUUCUAGUAAAGGUAUUGAACCAGAUCCAGCACGUAUCAAACCAAUAUGUUCUAUGAGAGAACCUAAUAAUACAAAGGAAGUGAGAGCGAUUCUUGGAUUGGUAAAUUAUUACGGAAAGUUCGUUCCUAAUCUACAUCGUUUAAAGGCUCCUUUAGAACUCUUAUUAAAAAAGGACGCCCCUUUUGUCUGGAAUUCGGCAUGCAAGAAAGCUUUUCUUAAGAUUAAGGAAGUGUUAACCGGUCCACUUAUACUUGCACAUUUCGAUCCUCAACAGUCAUUAAUUGUUGCUGCGGAUGCAAGUCCAACAGGUAUCGGCGGUGUUCUGCUUCAACGCUACGCGGAUGGACAAGUAAAGGCUGUUUUCCACAUGUCAAAGGCUUUGACUAAAACGCAACAAGGUUAUAGUCAAAUUGAAAAAGAAGCUUUGGCAUUAGUUACUGCCGUUGAGCGUUUUAGAAAAUUUUUAUAUGGCCGACAUUUUAUACUCCAAACAGACCAUCGACCUCUUCUGGUUCUGUUCCGCUCGUUUAAGACAAAGGGAUUAGAUACUCGCACGGCAAACCGCUUGAAGCGAUGGGCACUCCGCCUUAUUGGCUAUGAUUUUGAUAUAGAAUAUGUCAAAUCUGAGCAUUUUGGUCAAGCAGACGCCUUGUCCAGACUUAUUCAAGAAGCCAAAGUAGGUUCCACCGAUCCGGAAUUGGAAGAAGUUAUUGCUUCGCUACAGGAAAUAGAAACGGAACUUCAACAGUUGAUUCUAGAAUCAGGUCGUUUUCUGCCUAAGACAACUCGUGAAGAGCUGCAACGAGCUACAUACAAGGACGGAAUUCUGGCCGAGGUUAUCGAUCGCCUACAGACGGAUUGGCUACGUUCUGACGCUAAAGACAGUGACUUACUUCCGUAUUAUCGCCGUCGCGACUACUUAUCUGUUGUGGACAGGACACUCGUGUCGGAUGACAAGAUUGUUAUACCACAUAGUCUUCGACCGGAUGUGCUCCGACAAUUACAUAUAGCACACCCAGGUAUUCGUCGCAUGGUUCAGUUGGCCCGACGUUAUUUCUAUUGGCCGGCCAUGCAAGCUGAUAUUGAAAAGUUUGUCAAGUGCUGCAAACAUUGCGCGGAGACUGCAUCAAAUCCUAUCAAGGAACCACUUCACCCAUGGCCCGAAUCCAAAUCGUCGUGGGACCGAAUUCACAUGGAUUUUGCUGGCCCAAUACAAGGACAUUGGUUCCUUGUUAUCGUUGAUAGCUACUCUAGAUUCGUAGAUGCCGAGUGGUUUUCAACAAUUACCGCAACUGCUACUUGUAAAUAUCUACGCCGAUUAUUCUUCAAGUAUGGUCCACCCAAAGUGGUUGUAUCUGAUAAUGGCACGCAAUUCACGGCAAUUGAGUUCGCUCAACUCUGCACAGAGUUCAAUAUAAUACAUUUACGCAGUCCUCCAGGACACCCUCAGUCAAAUGGUUUAGCGGAGCGAAUGGUAAAUACUUUAAAGCGUUCUUUGGAGUUACAGGUUCCAUCGAAAAGGGAAACAAAGAUGAACCAAAUCUUGUACACGUAUAAUUAUACACCAUGCGAAGCAGCUCCUGACGGUAAAUCCCCAGCUGAGAUUUUUUUUGGACGCAAGUUUAGAACUCCCUUGGACAUUUUCACCGUUACAGAAAAGCCCAGACCAAUUUUGUCUCAUUCGCAGAGGAAAAUGAAGAAACAUUUUGAUACCCAUCACGGUGCAAAGACUCGCCGUUUCUUUCCGGGACAGCAGGUGUUGGUUCAACUCUCCAACGGUCGCCGAGUUCCUGGGAAGAUAGUCAACAUUAUUGGAUCGACGAUUGCUCGUAUCAAGGUUGACAAUGGCCUUAUAAAGCGGCACUUUAAUCAAAUCUGGAAUCGGACGGUUUCCCCUUCCGAGAGGACUGAUAGUGACGCCGAGGGCCUACUUCCAACGAUGCAAAAUCCAACAGCGGAUCCCCCUCCUUGUCAACUUCCGUUCGAGGGGGCUAAUUUCGCCAGCAAUGUAGACCCUCCAGCCCAAGUCAGGGAGGAACCAACAGUUCGGCGUUCAAGUCGUCUAGCAGGAGACGCCCGCCCGGAUUAUCGGAAGCUAGCUGGGUAUAGAAAUAUUAUACAACAAGGAAAAGAUCUCAAAUUAACGCAAUCAAGUUAUGCAGAACAUGUAGUCAAGAUGUUCAAUAUGGAAAACUCAAAACCUGUAAAUACUCCUAUAUUGAUCAAUGAUGACGGAAGCGAGGAAAUCAACAAGGUUUUUCCAUAUCGAGAAAACGUUGGAAGCAUCUUGUAUUUAACCUGCAAAACAAGAUCUGAUGUGGCCUAA